CUCAAUGUGCUCGAAUGUUUCUCUCUGUCUCCAAAAAGAGAGCUUGAAAUUUUGUUAUUCAAUCUUCAAUUUUUUAUUUAAAGGGAAAGAGGAGGGUUUAGUACGAUGAGUCGUUUAAAUCCUCUUAAACCUGAAACAUGUCGAAGAACAGUGAGCCUUGAAACAGUUCAACCGCACCAUGUUAAUCAUGAACACAAACUUCGCGGAAAAAGGGAGAUUUACAAACUGCGCAACGAUGCAUACGCGAAGCCGAUGUACGGAAAUUCGGCGGAGAAAGAAAGAGUCAAGCAAGAGAGUCGUAGAGCACUGUUGCAACAAAUGAAAGAAAAAGAUGAGGCCCACCAAACACACCUGACUGAAAGGAUAAAGGAAAGUGACUUUGCUAUAAACUAUGACAGGAUCUGUUUACAGCAGGACAAGGAAGAAAGAAUCAAUAAAGAGAAAUAUCUGCAACAGUUCCGGAAUGAAAACAAGCGGUUGAUGGAACUGCGUGCAGAACAACAAAAGAGAAACACAGAGAAGAGACAUUUGGAGGAAAGGGACCUUCUACAACAGAGCCCAAUCAACUGGAGUCACACUCUACACUAAAAGACAUUCAUAAUUAAUAUAAAUGGCACCAAUUUGAACAAGGAAAAUUUUAGUUUAUUGAUUUUAUUUGUGGUGUGUUCAUAGCCAAAAUGACAGCUUGUUAAAUGGAAAUCACAGGACUGGUGUACUUCAAAUAAAGCUACAUCUGUCCACAACAAAAGAGAAUUCAACCAAGACUAAGCUUUUCAAAUGGUGGUUUCUUAGAGUGUUUCUUAACACACAUAUGUUAAGAAUAUUAAUGUAUGACGAAUUUAAAUGUAAUAACUUAAUUUUUGAGUUCCAAUAAUAACUAAAUUUAUUUUUUGAGGCACCAUAUAUAAAUGUUAAAAUUCAACUUUCAAAUAAUUUCAAGUGCUUUGAGGCAUUCUAACAUGAAAAGUUUUGGAAAAUAAUUUCUUUGAGUAUGAGAGCCUAUGUCAAAUACAUUUAAUUUGUAAUCUCCCUUUUGGGACACUUAUUCAAGGGACACAAAUUGUGGCCCAGUCUGGAAAUAAUGCUUCUACAACUAUCCUCAAGACUUCUGUAUUUAGGAGACAUCUCUCCUUCAACAAGACAUCUCUGUAGAAGAGAGACUUUACCGAGCUGUAAGCAAGUCUGUGGGAUGUAGGUUCUGUUGUAAGAUUGUUGUAGCACAUGUAGAAUAAGUCUCAGUGAUAGCAAUAAAAGAUGUAUGCACAUCUUG